AUGAAGAAGAAGGACGAUUCUGAAUGGAGUCCUGAAGCUGCCAAUGCCCUUCGAAUGCUGCCACCAGGCAGUUACAAAGAUUACCUUCGGCUCUUCCAUUCAGAGAACCCUGAAUGCCAGGUAUCCUUCAAGCUGUUUACUAGAGUCUGGGAGGAAUCCUUCAGCCACCUUCGCAUCAGACAAGCUGGAAGCCAAGCGAUGUGCACGACUUGCCUGAAGCACAAGGCCAUCAUGAAGAGACUUGGCUCCAACCAGGCAGCUUUGAUGGCACAAUCAAAGCUGUGGGGUGCACACAUGAAGAAGCAAUUCUCUGACCGGGAAUGUUAUUGGAAUUACAGGUCACUGUCACGCAUUGGGAGCGACGUGGAUGGACAAAGCACCCUUACACUCAUCAUAGACUCCAUGGAUCAUGCAAAGUGGUCAUUACCACGCACUGCGGUAAUGGCGGCCAAGCAGUUCAACAAUGUGGUGAGACCCCAUAUGGAAUGCUGUGCUGUGAUCGCCCAUGGUCACUUGGUCGCCGUCGCCUUUGCAGAACACCACAUCAUCAAAGGUGCCGAUUUCACCUGUGAGCUCCUUGUCCACGUGCUGCACAAGUUGACCCAGAGCGGCAUCGACUUGAGGGAUUUUGAGGUGAACAUACAAAGUGACAAUUGCACAAAGGAGACAAAAAACAAUUCCACACUACGGCUUUUAGCUUUUUUGACCUCCAGACGGGCCAUCAGGCGUGCCCGCAUGCAUUAUUGCAUGUCGGGUCACAGCCACGAAGACAUCGAUCAAUAUUUUUCUUUGCUUGGAGCAUUCCUUUCCACUCAGACUGAGCUUCACAAUCCGCAACAGUUCAUGGAUGCCUUGAAGGUUUACAUGGGAAACGAGAGUGUACGUCCCAAUGAGAGGAUGCGUGAGGUGAUCAAGGUUGAAGCUGUCAGGGAUUGGAAAACCUGGCUGAUGAUUGGGUGCCGAAGGAAUUUCUUGAAGGGAUUGGGAGGACCAGGUGCCCCACAUGCCUUCUUCUUCGAUCGGAGAGAAGAUUUGACAGGCUGGCUGGUUACUUUCCGUGGGGCAUUGAAUGGACUCUGUGGCAAACAGUUGUCCAGUUGUGACAAAGGCAGGUGA